UUAACCUCAAAAUUAGCACAAAAUCCGAUCUUAACCAACCCAAUUUGCCUUUUCCCAAACAAAAAAAAAAAAAAUUUAUCAUUCAUAAAUUUUGUCAUUUCAUCAAACACUUUCACACUAUCUCCUCUGAUAUGGCCUCAGAUCAGAACUUCUUCCACAACUGCCUCCUCAGCCUCUACCUCAUAGCACCCCCAACCUACAUCUCCCUCAGGUUCCUCCAGGCCCCCUAUGGCAAGCACCGCCGCCCAGGUUGGGGCCCCACCAUGUCCCCUCCCUUGGCCUGGUUCCUCAUGGAAAGCCCAACUCUUUGGCUCACCAUCCUCCUCUUCCCCUCCGGCCUCCACUCUUCCAACCCAAAAGCCCUUUUUCUCAUCGUACCCUUUCUCUUCCACUACUUCCACCGCACCUUCCUCUACCCGCUCCGCCUCUGCCGGAAUACCACCAAUCCCAAAACAUCAGGUGGUUUUCCGGUGAGCGUGGCGCUCAUGGCAUUUGGGUUCAAUCUGUUGAAUGCCUACUUGCAGGCCAGAUGGGUUUCUCAGUACAAAGAUUAUGAGGCUGAUGGGUGGUUUUGGUGGAGAUUCUGUGUUGGGUUGGUGGUGUUUGGUUAUGGCAUGGCUGUGAAUAUCUGGUCUGAUAGGGUCUUGGUGGGAUUGAAGAAAGAGGGGAAGGGGUACAAGGUGCCAAAAGGGGGAUGGUUUGAGUUGGUGAGCUGCCCAAACUACUAUGGGGAGAUAGUGGAGUGGUUGGGAUGGGCAGUGAUGACGUGGUCUUGGGCUGGGCUAGGGUUUUUCCUCUACACGUGUGCCAACUUGGUGCCCAGGGCACGUGCGAACCAUAAGUGGUAUUUGGAGAAAUUUGGGGAGGAUUAUCCCAGGGGCAGAAAAGCUGUCAUCCCCUUCUUGUAUUGAAAGGAUUGAAGUAGGAGCAUACAUUUUGUUUCUGGUUAUUAUUGUUGUUAUUUUUGGUACCCAUGUUUAAUUAAAGCAUUUUGCAAGGGGUUUAGUU